CCGUUAUUUUAGGUUAAUAGCUGAAGGCCUUGGGCGCAGAACCAGUGAUUGGGGGAGGAGUAUACUGCAAUAUGGGAUAACAAUGAAGAAAUUUGUAUUCAUAUCGUACCAGGUAUCGAGCUGGCAAAAAGGCUGAAGGUUAUAAAAAUUUAGAACUGUAAUAAUGGUUUUAGGUUGGGAAACUGAUCGGACGACUGAAUUAUAUGAGAAACUGCGAUCACUGGAUCACCAGGUCGAGGAGAGACUUAAAACUGUUCAAAAAAUAAAGUCGAGAAACGUAAAACACGUCGCCGCAGCGAGAAGCCCAUCAAUCUUGCUACAGAUUAUUAUCCAAAAGUCACUAACAAAUCGAAUAACAUUAUGUGCGAAAUAAACCUACACAAUAUCUAAAUUGGAAUAUUAAUUUUUAAUUUUCGUAUUGCAGAAAUAUAUACAGUAAUAAUGUAUCAACUGCGGCAUUUUGGUAGAUUUUCAGUAAUUUUGAUCAUUUUUAAUUUUACUCGAAAUGUGUCAUCAAUUGCGACAAGACGACCCCAGAAAAUGAAUUGCCCCGUUGAAUGCUUUUGUGGAGAAGCAGUUCAACUUCUUCGUCCCCCAAAAUCUUUGAACACGACGGCAGAAAAAGGUAGAUUUAUUCAAGAAAAUACGAACGAAGAAGAAAAUAUAAGCAGCAUGAUAUUAGUUAAUAUUCUUCAAAGUAUUGCUAAUAAAUAUUACGUUUACUCGUCGGAAUACGCGGUCAUCUGUUUUGGACAUAACGUUACUUCAAUUCCACAAAGUGCGGGGAAACCAAUUAAGGGUGUUUCAAAUGAUGGCAAUUUUGUCAUCCCAGCGCAAUCGUCUAUUCUUGUGUUACGGCACGGAUCCAUUUCAGCUAUAAAAUCCAUUCAACUACAAAAAUUUCUCCGUGUUCUGGAUUUAUCUUAUAAUCAAAUACGAUUCAUUGCAAAUGACGCGAUGCAAGGACUCAGACGAUUGCAGGUAUUGAAUCUCCAGCACAACCUUCUAACACAAGUUGAAUUCCUCAACGAAAUAUUUCUUCACCCUGUUGAUGCUGUCAGACUGUCAACGAUAUUACUGGAAGGAAAUCCAAUUAUAUGUUCUUGUGAUUUGGUUCGCAUUGUAUCUUGUACAGUACGCAGAGAUGAUGCUUCUUGUUUGCUCAUGAUUGAGGAAGAUACAAAGAAUUCUGUUGACAAUAGGAAAAGUCAAACACUGAUUCCAUUGUCUUAUCUCAGUUACAUAUCCGAAGAAAUGAUGGCUUAUUGCGUAAAUCCUCGGUACGAAUUUUCUGAGUUUGUAAAAAUUCAAGAAAAUAAUUUUAACAAUCUGUUGUUGGAUUAUUCUGACUAUGAAGAAAGAUUAUAUCGACCACGUGAUAUAGGGAACAGCCAAACAAGAAUAAAAAAGAUUGAUUUCCCUUUGCUUUUGACCAUGCUGGGAUGGUUUCUUAUGGUCGUCAUUGGAUUAUGUCGCUUUAUCAAAAGUAAUACGUACGAGUAUGAAAUGCACAAAGACUACCUCAUGAAAUUGGAUGAACAACAAAAUUCAGAAUUACAGAACGUCACAAAUGUUGAGGUUCAAAACAGAGCGAGUGUUCCUGUUUCUGUAAUUCGGUGUCCUAUAAUUACAGUUGAAGAUGAUGAUGAAAUAACGAAAGCAGAUUUCAACGACGGGAAAAAUGAACGGGCGAAAUGAACAUCGAAGGAAAUUACUACAGAAGUUUACUCAGUAAUACAGGACAAUGGUGUAGCUGUGCCAAUUGAUGCGAACAAGGACGCCCUGGAAAUGUACCUUUUAAGUAAAAAGCAAUCCCUGUCGGGCAAAAAAUUAGUUCUGUAACAUUUCAAAUCACUAUUUGCCUGAGUUCUUGUGAUACCUUCAACAUGCGGCAUUCGUAACUUCAAGAUUUAGUCACCACAUACUUCUUCGCAAAAUACAGGACGGUAUAGGCAAACCCCUUCGGGAUUUGAUGAAAUAACAAAGAUCAAAACGAAGUAGCAUCAAAUCUUUUACAGCAACGGUAGUCUGACCACCAAAUCACUAAGAUGCAAUCACGGAACCACGGGUAGGUGCGCAAUUUCUUUGAUGACGUCUUCACAUAAAAUUUAAAGUGAAAAGCGAAUCCCAUAAAGCCCACAGCAAUUUUUGAAAUAAAUAAAAGUACAAGCAUUCUAGCAACAACAACAAUAUUUAACUGCUAAAAUAAAAAAGCGAUUUUUUUCUAACAACUAACUAACUAUUGUAACGACAUAAUAACAAAACGAUCCAUGGGGCUAAAAAAGUAAGUGAUCGUUUUUCCAAUAAUCAUAUAGAUGAGGAAAUCACUGGAUGGUUGAGCUCUCUGUGUUUGAUCAGAUUUCUCGUAUACGAGUGUAAUUCGAUUUACGAAAUCCGCUUCCGAGGUUUGCUUGUUUAACUAGUGUAUAGGAAUGUAUAAGAAAACUUUCUAAGUUUUCAUUUCCAACUUCAUAAUAUGUAUUUAUUUUUUGACUAUUAUUUUGCUUGUUUCGAAAUAUCAUUUUAGUAGGCAUCACAUUUCUGCGAUACCGCGGUG